AAACUAGUAACAGUAUUUGAUUUUCAAAAUCCGUUGCAGAAAGAAAGGGCGUGUCUGUUCAAAUUCUGAAGUAGUUAGAACAUUGUAAAUUUGAAAUUGAGGGAGAAAAGAAAAAUAUGAAGGGAGUGCUGCCGAAGAGAAUAAUUCUGAUGAGGCAUGGGGAGUCGCAGGGGAACCGAGACAUGGCGGCGUACACCACAACUCCCGACCACAGCAUUCAUUUAACCGCGCAGGGUGUCGCACAGGCGCGUCAAGCUGGCGUCCGCCUCCGCCGAGUGAUUGGCGGGGACGGCUGCUCAUCGGACUGGCGAGUGCAGUUCUACGUGUCGCCGUACGCUCGCACGCGAUCGACGCUGCGCGAGGUAGGUCGGUGUUUCUCGAAGAAGAGGAUAAUUGGCGUGAGGGAAGAGUCGCGGAUUCGGGAGCAGGACUUCGGGAACUUUCAGGAGGAAGAGAGGAUGAAGGUGAUAAAAGAAGCCCGCGAACGGUUCGGGAGGUUCUUCUAUCGCUUCCCCGAGGGAGAGUCCGCCGCCGACGUUUUCGAUCGCGUUUCAAGUUUCUUUGAAUCUCUGUGGAGGGACAUAGACAUGAACAGGCUUCGUCACGAUCCUUCCAAUGAUUUGAAUUUCGUAAUUGUUUCUCACGGGCUGACAUCGCGUAUUUUCCUUAUGAAGUGGUUCAAGUGGACGGUUGAGCAGUUUGAGGUCCUAAACAAUUUUGGGAACUGCGAGUUUCGUGUUAUGGAGCUAGGAAGUGGUGGUGAAUACAGCUUAGCUGUUCAUCAUACAGAAGAAGAAAUGCUGGAAUGGGGACUCUCUCCUGAGAUGAUAGCUGACCAAAAAUGGCGUGCCACGGCGUGCAGGGGUGACUGGAAUGAUCAGUGUCCCUGGUACCUUGGGGAGUUUUUUGAUCAUCUUACAGACUCUGAUGAUGAUGAUGCUCCUGUGGAAAAUGAAGGUGAUCCUAAUUCUUUAAGUGUAUGUACAUAGUGUGCUUCCCAUAUUGGUUUAUAGAUUGAUUUGUUUUAAAUUACAUGAGAAGGGGUUCAAUAGGAUGGAAGGAAACUAGGAAAGUGAUAGUUUACUCAUAGGUAGUCUUUUGAUUGUAGGUCGACUACGCAACUUUAUUCUGUUUGUAGGGCUUUGUAUAAUUGUAUUAAAGCUUCUUUUACUUCUUGUCACGAUGGCAAAGCCUGCGUUAUCAUUGUUUACAAAAUAUUGCAAUGUUUUAAUCUGAGUUCAGUAUGGUUUCUAUGAUGGA